AUGCCAAAGCUAAGGGCUGGCAAGGACAAGGGAGGCAAGGACAAAGGUGACAAGGACGGCAAGGGAAAAGGAGGCAAAGACGGCAAGGACAAAGGAGGAAGCAAAGGAGGGAGCGUCAAAGCGACCAAGUCGGGCAGCGCUGAAGGGAUCGCCAGCAAGGACAAGAAAGAAAAGGACCCCACCAAUAAAGAGGCGAUCAUGAGUCCCAUGCAGGAAUGGGCAAAGGAACCCAAGCCGGGACCCGAGAAGGACAAGCCGGCGGAGAAAGGAGGAGAGAAACUGGUGGAGAAAGGAGGAGAGAAACUGGCGGAGAAAGGAGGAGAGAAACCGGUGGAAGGAGCCAAGGCGGGGGAUAAGCAGCCCGACGACAAGGCAAAGUUGCCCGGGUCGCCCAUAUCUGCAAAUGAGGCCGAUAAAAAGAGCGGCGGCGCAACUCCGUCGGCUUCGAAGGAGAAAGCGGGCAAGUCCGAAGGCGCCGAGAAGGCCGAGAAGUCUUCCAUCAAGAGCGCCACGUCCGUGGAGAAGACCAAGACGGAGACAUCGAAGACCGAGACGAGCGACAAGUCGUCCGUGCCCUCCGACAGCAAGAGCGAAGUGUCCGAGGUGGCGCUCGAGCUCAAGAAGAAGUCGUCCGUCAAGGCCCCCAAGGGAGACGAGCAGGCGGCCUCGAGGACCGUGGUUCGAUCGCUGACGGCCCGGGGUCCGGCGUACGCCGAGCACUACUACGACGAUGAGACGGACGACGACGGGAGCCGGAACUACAUCGAGAUCCAGAUGUUCGGCCGUCGGCACUCGGGCGGCCACGUCGACCAGGCGUCGCAGGGGGGCCAGGCCUGGAACCAGUGCUACUACGACACGGUGCAGCAGCCGUUCUACGGAGCUCCCGCCACCCAGAGGGCGACCGUCUCGUACGCCGGCUACGGCUCCGACGAGGGACAAGUGCAGGCCGGCAGCCGAUGGACGUCGAACCAGCAGUUCUUCUCCGGUCCCGAUCCCGGAGGCUACAGCGAGCAACACGCCAACUACGGCGACCUCACCGUGUCCGUGUGGCAGGCGCCUCCUCAGCAGCAGCAGAGCGACUUCUGCCGCGACGUGGCGAUCGUGCCACAGACGGCUCAUUACACUUCGUCCAGGGAACUCAGAGGAGCUGCUCGCCUGGACGCGGCAAGGAAUGCGAUGAUCGCGCAGAAGCUCAAGGAAAUGCAGCAGGGUUUGGCGCAGCCACUGCCGGACGACGCGGUGACUACGGAGCGCGUCAUUUACGAAGUGACGCGCGGUCAACCGGGUACGCCGGAGUCGCCGGGAGCGCCGCCGUACCGACCUUCCAGCGGACCACUCGACUUGCGUGGUAGCCAAGGAGCAAGCCAGUUCUAUGGUGCGCCCAGCGUCAGCCAGGCUGUUGUUCGACGCGAGAUGCGGCAGUCGAGCGCCACGCGCCUCCAGACCGCGAGUCCCGGAUUACAAGUGCGCGCCAACAGCAACCACGGGAUGAUCUGCAACGUGGCCCCUGGUCCGAGCGCGAUGCACGGAAGUUCCCACAGCUUCCGCGGUCCAGCUGCGGCUCAACCCGUGUCUCUCAGAGUGAGCAAGAGCGUCGGUGGCGUGCAGCCCCUGCAGCCCCAGGCGGCGGACAUCAUCAAGCAGCAGGCGAGCAUCAUCGAACGCCAGUCGAACAUCAUCAAGCAGCAGUCGAGCAUCAUCGACCAGCAGCUGAACCUGGUGGACGCGGCGCUCAGAGGGGGUACGUCCGCGGGCUGCGGCCAGCAGCGGGAGGCGUACCACGUGACGCAGGAGUUCCCCGUGCCCGCGCUGCUGCCGGGCGCGCAGGCGGACGGCGCGUACGACAACGAGAUGGUCGUCAGCGCCGAGUUCGUCGAGACGAAUCGAAUGUCCAGGAACCCUUGGAACCGCCGCCAAUGACACCGGUAGGAGCGCGGGGUUCCACGCACCUAUAGCCGUCCCUGCACCGGUGUUGGCGCUUAUAGGAACAAACGAAGCAGCCAGUUCACUCUC